AUGAUUAUUCAAGAGAAGGCCCUGAGUCUAUUCAAUGAACUGAAGGCUAAGUAUGGUGAGGACGUAACAUUCACUGCAAGUCAUGGAUGGUUUAACCGCUUCAGGGCGCGCAAUAACUUGCAUAACGUGAAGGUGUCUGGUGAGGCGGCGAGUGCAGAUAUUAGGGCAGCUGAGGAAUUCCCAGGAAAACUGGCAGAAGUUAUCCACCAGGGAGGCUACACACCACAACAGAUAUUCAACAUGGAUGAAACUGGCCUCUACUGGAAAAGGAUGCCUGACCGAACCUACAUCAGUACGGAGAAGACGAUGCCUGGCUUCAAAGCUGCUAAGGACAGACUGAUGCUACUGCUCAGGGGUAAUGCCAGUGAUGAUUUAAAAUUAAAACCCCUACUGGUGUACACCGCGGAAAACCCACGAGCCCUGAAAAACAUUGCCAAGUCAUCUCUUCCAGUUGUGUGGAAGAAUGACUUUCACCCUAAUGUCAAGGUUGUCUAUCUGCCACUCAACACAACCUCACUUAUUCAACCUAUGGACCAAGGAGUCAUUGCAACAUUCAAAAAAUAUCUACGGCACACUUUCCGCCAGGCACUGAAGGUAACAGACGAGACUGAUAUGACUCUGAGUGAAUUUUGGAAGUCAUAUAACAUCUACAAUGCCAUAAUAAACAUUAAUGCCUCCUGGUGGGAAGUUACAACCACCUGUAUGAAUGCCGUGUGGAAAAAGCUCUGCCCUCAGGUUGUUAAUGAUUUCACAGGGUUUGAAAAUAUUCAGAAGGAGCAGGAGGUUGUUGUUGAUAAUUUAAUCUCCAUGAGUGAGAAACUGGAGCUAGAACUGCAGGAGCAGGACUUCACGGAGUUCUUUGAUGACCGAGACAAGGACCAAAUGAAGAACUACGAGAAUUGGAGAAGCAGAGGAGGAAGAAGUGGAAAUGCCACUAAAACAUUUGCAAACUAA